CAAAACGAGAAUUUGCGGAAGGAACAAAACCUGAACCGCGUUAUAUUGAAUGAUCUCUUGAUAAUUUAUAUGAACAAAACAUAAUUGAACCCUUAUCCAUUACAAAAAUUCAGUAGGUGAGACAAAAUAAUGGAGUCAUGAUCAGAAGGGCCGGGAUACAAAAUUGCAAUUAAUAAUUAUUUGUUUUCUUCUUCAGCCUUUAAGCACUCAAUCCUCUACAAAACGAGGCUAAAGAACUCAAAAGAAACUCAUCUUCUCUCGAAAUCCUCUUAAUUACUUUAACAAAGAGAAAAAAAAUGGCGACUAAAAUGGCCGGGGCUGCAAUGAAUCCAGCAAAGAGAGAGGCCUCAAGUUUGUGUGGGAAGCUAGAGACAGAUGUUGAAAUCAAAGCUUCAGCUGGGAAGUUCCAUCACAUGUUUGCUGGGAGACCACACCAUGUCUCCAAAGCAACUCCAGGGAAAAUUCAGGGCUGUGAGCUUCAUGAAGGCGAAUGGGGCAAAGUCGGCUCUAUAGUCUUCUGGAAUUAUGUUCAUGAUGGAGAGGCAAAGGUGGCAAAAGAGAGGAUUGAGGCAGUGGAGCCGGAGAAAAACCUCAUCACUUUUAGGGUGAUAGAGGGAGACUUAUUAAAAGAGUAUAAGAGCUUUGUGAUCACAAUCCAAGUGACUCUUAAAAGAGGAGGACCUGGGAGUGUGGUGCACUGGCACGUCGAGUAUGAGAAAAUUGACGACAAAGUGGCUCACCCUGAGACCUUCCUUGAUUUCUGUGUCCAAGUCUCCAAAGAGAUCGAUGAACAUCUCCUGAACGAGGAAUAGAGAGUACUCUUUAAUUGAGUAUCUAUCCAAUAAUGUGUAUAUGUCAGUUAUGAAGCACGCAUGUUCUUGUGUAUGAUACAAUAAACAAGGAGCGUAGCCCAAUAUAUGUGAGUGAUAUAGAAAAGAGUUGUACUCUAGAUGUGUGUAUGUCAUGUUUGGUUUUAAUAAAAGCUUAUGUGUUUGUGGAUA